GUAUUGUUUUUUUCGUGAAAACCACCUAGAAAAAUGGAAAAACCUAAGUGAUUUUUAGUUUAUCAACUCAUUUUAGUGCAAAUAAGAUUCAAUAAUUCUAACAGUGAAAAGUUAAUAACAUAUUAAAAUGGUUUCCAUCAUUAAAAAUCAACUAUUGAAACAUUUAUCAAGAUUUACCAAAAACCUGUCUGCAGACAAAAUCAACCUUAGCACCUUCAAAGGCGAAGGCGAACUAACAAAUUUAGAACUCAAUGAAGAUGUCCUAACUGAUUUACUUGAGCUACCUUGUUGGUUGAGACUAACCAAAGCCUGGUGCAAUAAAGUCACUUUUAGGAUAACUUGGACAAAGCUUAAAACUGUGCCAAUAUGCUUGAGUCUUGAUGAAGUAGAUAUAACAGUAGAAACGUGUGAGGAAUUGAGACCUACAACUAGUCAAGAUGCCAUGUCGCCAUACGGAUCACCAGGCAAAUAUAGUUUUAUUCAUAAGGUUAUUGAUGGAAUUACUAUUACAGUAAACACUGUAAAUAUUUCCUUUAACAGUCCUGCCUUUGUUGCUACACUUCAAAUUCAAAGAAUAAUUGUUGAGUCUGUUACUCCUAAGUUUUCUCGUAUGGAAUUGCCCAUGACAAGAUUAAAAAAUCCUGAAAAAGGCCAAUUGUUAAUUUUUAAAGAAUUACAAUGGCAAACUGUUAGGAUAGAAGCCAAGUCUACCAAGGACAAUAAUUUGACUCCUUUGAGGCUGCUUACCAAUCAAGCUAGAUGCAGGAUAACUAUAAAAAAAAGAUUGUCAGACUGUUUUAUUUUGGGUUCAAGAUUAGUAAUAAUCCUGGACGAUUUGCUUUGGGUUUUGACUGAUUCACAACUAAAAGCAGCUUUACAUUUUUUAAACUCAUUAUCUGGAUUGAUUCAAAGAGCAACUAAUCUAACUAGAAAGUUGAAGGCAGCUAGAAAACUAGAAGAAUUGCCAGAAUAUCAAGCUCAACUAGCCCAAGAAGCCUUACAAAAUGUAGCAUCCAAAACAACAAAAGCAGCUUGUCGUAUGUUUGCUUUAUAUGAUGUUGUAGAAACUUCAUAUCAUUUCAUGUCCAAUCAAAUUGUGCUUCAUUUAUGUGAUGAUCCAGGGGCUGGCAGAUCUUCUCAUCCAAAUUUGCAUGAAGGUGGCGCUUUGCAGAUAUCGAUUAAAAGGUUUCAAGUUGAUUUUUAUCCUUAUCAUUUAGCCAAAGGAGACAGAAAACAUUGGCCCACAUAUAAUUCUUCUUCAGUGCCUCAUGCAAUGUGGCAAGAGCAGGCUUUGGCCUCAUUUAAAAGCAAGUUUAUGGAUUUGUUUGAUCACAAUAAAACCCAGCACGUUCCUUUAAGUAGAAAACCAAAAACUGAUGGGUUGCCACAAACCAGUGAAAAUCAAAAAACCUCUAAUUUGAGCUAUAAGGAAAUCAAAAAAAGAUUGGAAUGGCAAUUGAAUAAGUUGAUGACCACUUCUGUGGUGAUGAGGGUGGAUGAUUUUACUGUUUACAGGGUGACUACAUCAGGGAAGAAGCAAGUUUUAAAGGAAUUUCUUUGUGCUCAACUUAAAAGGAAAGAAAACAAAAUGCCAGGUGAUAGAAAUAGAAUGAGUUUACCGAAAGAUGCCAGCAUAAUUCACGCAGAAUACAUUUAUUAUUACUAUCCAAGUGAUGCACCAUUUCCAUUACCAGCUCCUAAAUUCUAUGUCCAAAUUAAUCCAAUACAAAUAAUCUUCGACAGGGACACUUGUUUGUGGUUGAAUUGUUUCCUAUUGAAUCUUUGUCAAUCCUUAUUGGAUUCUGAAACUAAUGAAAUCCCUCCAAGUUAUACUUAUAUUGAUAUUAAAAUUGAAGCUAUACUACCAAGAUUGAAUUUUGAAAGUAGCGAGGAACAUCAUAAUCAAAGAGACAGGCCUAAAUGUUUGAGUAUGCAAGUGACAAGAGCAACAGUAACAAAUGUGAGGACAUUGGAACAUUCUUCAAGAGCAGAUCUAGCAAAAUGUGUAGAUUCCUUCCACAUGGGUUCCCUAUUCUUUGGCACAGAUUUCCCUAGCCGACCUGACGAUUUUUACGUAGUCACCCAAAAAUUCAUCGAUCACAUAUCUGCAGCUGAUGAUGUAAGAAAAGUGCCAAAACACUUAGACAUAUCUGCUCUGGAAGCUUCCGAUGGUCAACUAACCAGAGACCUAUUUUGGACGGAAGCCAAAGAUGUCUGGUGCAUAUUUCUCGAUCCAGUUUAUGGGGAUUUUUUGGGUGCACAAUCCGACAUUAACAAACCCAUACCAUUUCUGGAUGCUGUUCCAAUCACUGUUUGGUUACAUGCGGAUUUGGAUCCAAAUAGUACUACUGUUAAGGAGAAAUGUGAUAAAGGCAACACUGCAGAUAUCCAUGCCUUAGCGUAUAUUUCCAAUUUAGUUAGUUUACAAAUCAAUCACUAUCAAUAUUUGUUUUUACUAAGACUGGCAGAUCAAGCUGCAGAAUUAGCUACUUUUUUAAAUAUUGACUCAGAUAGGAUAUUAAAAAGUGAAAGCACCUCAUCAUUAGCUAUUGGCGCUUUAAUUCCUCAACUCGAAGUAACAUUUGUAAUGCCCCCUCAAAGUCCAGGCAAAGAGUCCUCUGGAGGAGACGGUGAAUCAUUUAUUCCAGAUUUUUCUAGUAUAGACGACAUUACUGUAGGUAUACUCAGGAAUUCGACAAGAUCAAUACCGCAAAUGGAAAAUAUCCGUUGCGUUUCCUAUUCGGAGAACACAGAAGUGUUUUCGCAAUCACAAGAACAUGAACAAGAAGAUAUGGUUUUUGUAACUCAAAAUAAAAUAGGCAAAAAUUCUGUUUAUACUCCACCUAAAGGGCCACAGAAAAAUUUGUUGCAAAAUAAUAUCAACGUAGGAUUAUCUUCAAUGAAAAAAGGAUUCUCUACUCUGAUGUCAUCAAUUGACAGUGCCCUUAAACAAAGUCCUGACGAUAUGUCAGACACAAUAUCUGUAAGAAGUGAUGCAUCUAGUGAUUCUGAACAAAUAGUUAUGAUUAAUUUUGAAGAAGAUGUUAGAGGCAUGGAUUAUAUGUUUUUUGUAAAUGGAAUGCAGGAUUUUGAGAGGGUUGAAGAAGCCGCUGAAGUGGUUGAAGAAACUGGGACUUUGACUUCUACAAGUGAUCAUAGUCUCACCAGCAGUUGUCGAAGAAAAGAUUUGGUUUGUGUCUCCACAUUCAAACUCACAAAUGUAGAAUUUUUGCAACAAUCUCGUGGUUAUUCUUCUUCGAUUAAAGUUCAAGUUGGAAAUAUACUUAGCGAAGAAUGUUCUAGUAUUCCUUGGGAUGAAUUUCAGGGUAAAUUUAGUAUGCGAUCAAGAGGCUGGACAGAGAAUUCAGACAGCAAUGCCACAUCAAAAAUAAGACUCAGGCUGGAUCAUACACUAGCUCUCUCUUCUUCCAACUUAUUGUCUCAGUACGAUUUGACUGACAAAGACAACAUGAGAAAAGUAUUCACAGAUUGUCUAACGGUGAAAGUAAAAGAUUUGUCAUUGAGCUUGAAUAUGAGCACUGCAACAGGUUUGACUGAUUUUAUCGAGGACGAACUUAUUGCUAUUCCAUUGCCAUUAGAACUUUCAAUCAACAAUGUAAAAAUUCAUUUAAUAGAAGACAGACCUCCUGUAAAUAUAACUUCUCCAGGACCUGUACCUAUUGACCUCAAUGUAGUGGAAUUAUUUAUUAAACGCAAUGAAGAUGGAAUAUUUAAAAUUUCUUUGCAACAAGAACAUUUAUUAUCAAACCACAAUAGCUGUGAAAUAUUGCAAUCAAAUUCUAUUCAAUCAUCGUCAGAUAAUGAGGAAUUGAAAAGAAAACUACUCGCUUUUGAACGGGUAUCAGAAGAGAACAGACUCUUACGAAAAGCCAAAGAGGAAAGUGAUAUUUUGAGGAACCAUUUGAAAAACGCACAAGAUGAUAUAAGCAAACUCUUAGAUGAAAAAAAACGUCUCUUAGACGAAGUCUUGUCGUUAAGAGAACAGUUGUCAACAAGUGGCAGCUGGAAAUGGAACUCUUCUAAAAGCUAGCAAUGUUGUUUUGACUGUACUAAUUGCUGUAGCGGCGAGGAAAAACGUUCCCAGUAGUUAGACAGUCAAUGAUUGGCUGUAUAGAUAGAUUUUUUUAUAAGUUGUUGUUUUUAAAAUGUUAGCUAUGAAAUGAAAGCCAUUGAUUAUUCAUGUUAAAUGCAUUUUAUAAGAAAAAAAAGUAAAUGUUAUGUCCAGAGGAAUCUCUCUUGUAUGGCAAUUAAAGAUAUUUGUGUGUUGUAUCAAAUUACUAUCACAAUAAUUAUUAUUAUGUAUUUUUUGUUAACCUAAAAUAAAUUUUGUUGAGCACUCUAUUGUUCUUUUAAUGACUUAUAAGUAUAUAUAACUUCAAAUUGCCUCACUCGUCCCCAUGGAUAUUGAAUAACUUGGCUACUUCAUUUAGAUCGUCGUAUUUCUUUUGAUCCUUUAAAACUUGCCUGGCUAUCGACAUCCUAUUGAAAACAUUCCACAAAACUAUGCCAACCACAACAUCGUCGCGCAGAUAGAAAAUCACUCCUUUGCCAUAAUCUUCGCCUUCAUUACUGUUAGGAAGCAUUUUCUUUACAAGUUUCAUUUUCUUUUUCUCUUCUUCAGAUAGGUACUUUUCACAUUCUUGAGGUAGUUCUUCAGUCUUGGAUCUGUCUCCUUCGCCAGUUUCUUCAACAACGUGUUGUGGUGUGUCUUUGUCGGUUUGUUUGGCAAACACCCCAACAGUGGGCAGCAUGGAAUCAACAAUACCAAUUGCUUCGUACCCAACAUCUGGUCCUAGAUCGCUCCAAAACAUGCUUUGGUGCCAAUAAGGAUUACGGCCACCAGCCAUGUUUUCAC